UAUUCAAAAUGUACAAGGGAGCAAAUUCUUACGUUUUACGGCUGAUACUCUUGGAUGUGAUACUCGCUGCUAAUGCUGUACAUUUUGAAGACGUUGCAUCUCAACAGACGGUUUUGUUCGCAGAGAGGACUGGGGGUCCAAUAGGGAUUCUGACCACGCCAAAUGGAGCUCCCGUAGAAUUUAAGGACGCCAACGUAUCACUCAAUCGUAGAAUCAUUUUCAACGAGUACUUGAUGGAAUCUAUAACGCAUCUCAACCGUCAGAAAAUUGUCGAGCGUAUAGUGCACGCCAAGGGUGCUGGUGCUUUUGGAUAUUUUGAGGUCACCCAUGACAUAACAAAUAUCUGCAAGGCGAAAUUCUUAAAUAAAAUUGGUAAAAGAACCCCGAUUGCCGUCAGAUUUUCUAUAAUAGUUCCCAACAUGGGGGCUUCGGAUACGUUUAGAGACGGGCGUGGCUUCGCUGUGAAAUUCUACACGGAGGACGGUAACUUCGAUUUGGUGGGCCUGAGUACCCCUGUAUUUCCCUACAAAGACCCUCUCUUCUUUCCAACAUUCGCAAACGCUCAAAACAAGAAUCCUUCUACAAAUUUGUUCGACGCGAACAUGCUAUGGGAUUACAUAACUUUACGUCCAGAAUCAAUACACUUCUUCAUGUACAAAUUUGGAGACCGUGGCAUACCAAACGGUUACAGGCAUAUGCCAGGGUUUAGCAUCCAUACGUACCAAGUAACCAACGAACAAGGUGAAUCGCAUUUCCUUAGAUUCCAUAUAUUACCUGAUCAAGGAGAGCGUUUCUUGACUUCUAAAGAAGGUAUGAAGAUAAGUGGAACUGAUCCAGAUGCCUUUACAAAAGACUUGUACAAUGCUAUUGGAAAUGGAGACUAUCCUAGCUGGCAAGUUCUAGUGCAGGUGCUGAGUUUAGAACAGGUUACACAUGCUGAUUUUGACGUGUUUGACGUGACAAAGGUGCUGCCUCUAGACAAGUAUCCACUGCAACCCUUGGGUCGUCUGGUCCUUGACAGAAACCCUGUUAAUUUCUUUGCGGAGAUCGAACAAAUAGCUAUGUGUCCCACUCAUCUAGUCCCAGGUAUUCUUGGCGCGCCGGAUAAAUUAUUUGAAGCGCGUCGGUUGUCAUAUCGCGACGCUCAAUAUUAUAGGCUGGGAGCGAAUUUCCAGAACAUAGCCGUUAAUUGUCCUUUGAGACAACCUCUUACUUACGACAAUGGUGGCCAUGCGCCACUGAAAAUAACUGAUAGACCAACUUACUGGCCUAACACAUACAAUGGUCCUGUACCUUACGUGGAUCCCAAAAGAUCUGAAGUUGCUCAAAUAGUGCAAGAUACGUCUUUAAACUUCGAUCAGGCGUCACACCUUUACCAAUACGAGAUGACUGAAGACGCAAGGAAACGUUUGAUUAGUAAUAUUGUUUAUAGCCUUGCACCUGCUGAACCUAGGAUUCAGGAUCGAGCUAUCAAGUGGUUCAAGAUCAUAAAUACAGAUUUUGGGAGUAGAGUGGAGCGAGGUCUAGCGAAGGAGAAUUAA